AUGGCCCGCGCGACACUCAUACACGAUGGCCACCCGCACAUCAUGGACGCAGUGGUGGCGUACACGACCGACCUGAUGACCCUCGUCGCCCUACGCGCAACAUGCAGGGGAAUGCAAGAACGCGUCGACCCCGUCUUGUUCCGACACGCCGAGCUCCACUCGGCCCCGAUGGCCCCAACAAGGUCUGGCGCACCACGGCCCCCAGCCCUGGCCCUGGUGCUGCCCCGUACCUGCACCAGGAUCACCACGCGCUCUGAGUUCCCCAUGCUCCCGCUCUGCCUCUCCGCAGUGCGGAACCUCGACCUCGUGCCGACGUAUGGCGUGUCCGGCUCCCAGGCCCGAGCGCUCACCGCCCUCGACACUCUCCGGCUCGGCCAGGACGCGAUCGGGCGUAACCUUGGCCCGCUGGCCCCGCGUACCCUCGUCCUGGCGUACAUGUCAGGCAAUGACAUCCGCUUAGGUCCCUUCGACAACGUCGCCGUCCCCCCCUCCGUCGAGCGCCUGGUCCUCAACCUCUUCCUCAGCGGCGCGUAUGACACGGGAGUAAUGUGGUCCCUACAUCGUCCACAGCUGCUCCUCGACCCCGGGCUACGCGCGCGCGACAUCGUGUUCAAGCUGUACUUCCCCUUCUCGCCCGCCCCAUUGUUCACUGUGGCCUUGUGGAUAAUGCUCACCCUCAUGCGAGCAGGGCACCACCGGCGUACCGACACGGUGCGGAUAACCGUUGUCGGCCUCGACAUCCUGCACAGCCCCGAGGCGCACACGGCGGACCUCAUCCGUGAGUACAAGGAGGACAUCGUCCGAAACCUCCUCCCCAUGCACACAGAGGACGCGGAGGCGUUGUUCGACCGCGUGCUCGCGGAAGCACGCUUCGUCUCCCUCGCCGACUGGCGCGGCGAGCUCGGCGACAGGGCGGACAUUGAGUGCAUCGAGUAUGCGCAGAUCAGGCUACGCCGCCCUCCAUGGGAGGGUCCUCGCCAGGACUACAUCAGGCCGUUGUCUGCCCCCUCCUGGGCAUACGAGUGA